AUGUUUUGGGGAUUGGAAGUUGGAAACAAGCCAGUGACAUUCACACCACCAUUCGAUGCUCAUUUGACUGCUGCAUGUUUGACUGCUGCUGCCAAGGGUGCUGAGCGUAAUGUUUUGGUCGUCAAGUAUGACGGAAAGGAGUACUCGCUCUGCUCACUCAAGCUUGGUCUGCUCGAGUCAUCUCAGGUCGAUUUGAUCUUUGAGGAGAACAAGGAGAUCGUCUUCCAGGUGCUCGGUGGUGGUCAGCCAAUCCACUUGUCCGGCUACUUUGUCUCAUCGAUGGAUCACGCAGAGGAGGAGGAGGACGACGAGUUUGACGACGACGAGGAGAUCGAGAUGGACGACUCUGAGGAGGAGGAGGAGAUCGAGGUCCCCCAGCCACAGAGCCUCAAGAGAAAGAGUGAUGCUGCCGACAAGUUGGCUGCCAUCCCAGUCAAGAAGGCCAAGGAGACUCCAGUGCCAGCCAAGCCAGAGGCUGCUCCAGCCAAGCAACAGACCCCAACCAAGCCAGCCGCCGCCGCUGCCUCCCCAGCCAAGAGCGCCUCGCCAGCCGUUGUCAAGCACCCCAACGGACUGAUUGUCAAGGACAUCGUCGUCGGCAACGGAAUGCCCACGAUCAAGGGCAAGACCGUGUCGGUCAAGUACGUCGGCAAGCUGACCAACGGCAAGACCUUUGACUCAUCGAUCCAGAAGCCAUUCAACUUUAAGCUCGGCGUCGGUGAGGUGAUCAAGGGAUGGGACCAAGGUGUCCACGGAAUGCGUGUUGGUGGCAAGCGUCAACUCACCAUCCCAGCUCAUCUCGCUUACGGUUCACAAGGCUCUCCACCCCAAAUCCCAGGUAACGCUACUCUGGUCUUUGAGGUUGAGCUCGUCAAGGCUCAGCAAUAA